ACCAGCAACCCCUGAUUGGCUUUGGGAUCUUGGACAAGCCCUUCAGUUCUUCAUCUUUAAAUGAAGAAUCAACUCCAAAAUGACAAAUAAUAAAUUUGAGUGUAAGCACUGCAUGGAGUUACUUUUCGGGAAGAAGUUUAUAUUGCAGGACACUGAAGCUUAUUGUAUUCCUUGUUAUGAACAGCUCUUUUCUAACACCUGUGAGGAAUGCAAGAGGCCCAUCGCAUGUGACUCAAAGGAUCUUUCCUACAAAGAACGACACUGGCAUGAAGAUUGCUUCAAGUGUGGCAAGUGUAAUCGCUCCUUAGUGGAAAAGCCUUUUGCUGCCAAGGAUGAAACCUUACUGUGUACGGACUGUUAUUCUAAUGCAUAUUCUUCCAAGUGUUUCCAGUGUAAGAAGACCAUUAUGCCUGGUUGUCGAAAAUUAGAAUUGGAGGGAAACGAAUGGCAUGAAACCUGUUUUAUUUGUCAGUCUUGCCAAAAACCUCUAGGAACAGAGCCUUUGGUCACCAAAGAAAAUAAACGCUACUGUGUGCCCUGUUUUGAGAGGAAGUUUGCUCCACGCUGCAACGCUUGUAAAAAGCCAAUAACUACUGGAGGACUGAUUUACCGAGAGCGUCCCUGGCAUAGAGAGUGCUUUCUGUGCAAUGGAUGCAAGAAACAGCUGUUUGGAGAAAAGUUCGUUUGCAAAGAUGACCGACCGUAUUGUCGAGAUUGCUAUACCGACCUUUUCGCUGACAAGUGUGACUCUUGCAACAAACCCAUCGCUGAUCCUGAAGGCCCCAGUUACAUCUCUUUUCAAGAGCGCCAGUGGCACAGCGACUGCUUCAAGUGUAGGAAAUGCAAUGUCUCCUUAGUGGAUAAACCUUUCAUGACUCAGCAAAAGGACAUUCUCUGCCGUGUAUGUGGUUCCAAAAGAGUCUGA